GUCUCUCUCUCUUUGUUAGUUUUUCAAAAACAAAAACACAAAAAACACAAAAACAAAACAACAAUAGUAAUAUUAAAGAGACUGAAACAACAUAAAUUCCAGAGAAGAACAAACCAAACCCCCUCUCUUUCGAUCGUAAAAUCGCCGAUUAAGGUUUGCUGCAUUUGGAAUUGAAAAUAUAGUGAUCAUGAGAUUCAAGAAAGGGAGUAAAGUGGAGAUCUUGUGCAAAAAUGAGGUGCCAUCGGGUUAUUGGCAUUGUGCCGAGAUAAUUUGUGGCAAUGGGCACAACUACACCGUUAGAUACGAGAUGGACCCUGGUGCUACUAAUGAGGCAAUUGUUGGAAGGGUAUCUAGGAAGUCAAUUAGGCCUUAUCCUCCUUUGGUUGAACUAUCAGAGAAUUGGGUUCCGGGUGAUGUUGUAGAGGUGUUUCAGAAUUUCUCUUGGAAGAUGGCAACUGUGUCUAAGAUUUUGGGUAGGAAUUACUUUUUGGUUAGGUUACUUGGAUCUUCCCAUGAAUUCAAACUCAGUAAAUUUGACCUUCGGGUGCGACAGUCUUGGGAAGACGACAAAUGGUUCGUGAUUGGAAAGGGUGGUAGCAACUGUGAAGAUGGGAAACAUUGUGAAUGGUCAAUUCUGAAGUACAAUCAUAAGCUGAGUUCCCAAGUUAAGAAAACAGAUACAAGGAUGACUUUCCACGUAAAAGAUGAACACUGUACUGCUAAGAACAAAGCCAAUUUCCAGGAAUCACGAAUUGUUUCCUCAAGAACUCUGAAGAGAGGAUUUUCCAAUUGCUAUUCUCAAGUUGAGGCACCUGCAAGAACUUCCCAGAAAUUUAGAGUAAUUGAAAAAGAGGGUAGGUGUCAUCGAUUGCUUGCUGCAAAUCCAUCCCCUUUACCUGAAAAGGUAGACGCUGUUGCUUCCCAUCGAGAAAUGGUUAGUGAAACAAAUAACUUUAUUGAAGUGCAUGUGGGGAGGGAGAAACCAAGUGGAGCUGUUGGGUGUAAUGAUACAGAUAAUUUUCCAUGCUCUGUGGCUAGUUGUAGCGUUAAUAGUCAUAAUUCCUUUAAGUUGCAUUGUAAUUUUUCUGGAGGUCGUGUUGAAGAUGGUAAUUUUAGUGAUGCUGAGUCUGUUUUUAGGUGGGGUCAUGAGGAAGGGAAUUGUCUCCUUCCCACCCGAGAGGAAUUGGCGGAAGAAAUCCACAGGUUAGAGUUGCAUGCGUACCGUUGCACUAUGGAGGCAUUGCAUGCAUCGGGACCCUUAAGUUGGGAGCAAGAAACAUUGGUGACGAAUCUUCGUCUUUCACUUCAUAUAUCAAAUGAUGAACAUUUGAUGGAGCUAAGGAACUUGGUUUCUACUGCUACAAGCAUUCCUAUUAGUUGACAGGGAACCUAUUCUCUCCCUCUUCUUUCAUUUUCUAUGAAUAGAUUUUGUUUUUCCAUUGGUACAAUGCUUAUGCAUCAUUGUAAGAAGCAGGAUGAAAUGUUGUUAAUCUGUUGCUUCUAUUUGGUUAUAAAAAUCGGUAGUGAUCUAGAUUAUGUUUAUAUCAGAGACUUCUAUAAUGCAGUGGAGAACUCUUGCGUAUCUUACAUCCUUCUUUUUAGUCUAUUGGCCCAUGUACUGUUUAUCUUUCAAUGCAUAAUGCAAUAAAAAUUUUCAAAUAAUGAUCAGAUGUA